AUGACGCUGCGCCUCUCCGAUGCUUUGCUGGCACCCAGAGCUGGCUUUGCCCGUGCCGGGCACCACCCCAUGUCAUCGGCAGCCUCUGCAUCGGCCUCAAGCGCGGGCAGUGCCAAGACAGCCUGCACUAUCAACGUUCACAACGCCGGCGACACGAGCGGCUACGUAGCUUAUGGAGUCGAGCGUGUUCGGGCUUGGCGGACUUCUGCGCGUGCUGACCCGUACCAGAAAGUGAAAGUUCAGCCACAUGGGGACGCGAGAGAGAAGGCCAAGCUGGUGCGUGAAGGCUUGCGUCGCCAUCUUGAAGAUGCGGAGGAGAAGGAACUCCACAGAGAGUCUAGUGUUUCAGUAGAACGCCGCCGGUGCAGAGACCGCCCAUAUGUCUUCAAACAGUAUUUCGAGAGUACAAUGCCAACGCAUCGGUCCCUCGACGAUCAAUUAGCGUACGAGCUGAGCUUGUACUACAAGGAUCUGAAGGGCCUCAGCAAUGUGGUGCAAAUCCAGACGCAUUUCUACGAUCCUACGCAAACGCUGACGUUUGUGUUUCCCGAUCUCGGGACCAACAAGUAUCCUACUGACAGAUGUGGCAUAGUCAGCUAUAUGCGACAGAUGCUGUUGGCACUGGAUGCUUUAUGGAAUCGUGACAUUGUCCACUGCAACAUUAAAGGCGGCCCCAAGCCAAACGCAAUCUUUGAUUCUCGUGGCAAGCUGACGCUUAUCGACUUUGAAUCGGCAGUCCGACGACAUGAGCUCAUUGACCAAGGGCAGAAUCUUCUGUCCUCAUGGGAUCAGACUCUCAGCUACCGAGGCAACUGCCAUUAUGUAGCGCCAGAAGUGUUGGUUCCACAGCCAGGACACAGCAUCUACGGGGAAACCAGGUUCGGACGUCGCAGAGAUAUUUUCAGUGCAGGUGUUGUCUUCGCAGAGCUUUUAUUGGAUGUGGCACACAUCUUCAACUAUGAAACCGAUGACGAGGGCUAUGUUUUGGACGAAGACAUCAUUGCGGCCUACGACGACUUGACAGCUCGUCUUUGUUUCAUGCUUCCGGAAACUGCCUUGGGUUGCUACGGCAACUUCUUACAGGAUCAUUCGGAGUUUAAUCGCUUGGCAUCUGAUCUAGUUGUGAAGAUGCUCCAGUCGUGUCGGUUUUCUCGACCGAAGCCAUCAGACCUUCUUCAGCACUCGUUUUUCAAACUGAGCUUUUGCCCCUUGCACGAUGCUUUCGGGUGA